CACCGACGCACCGUGGGUGAAUCCAACAGCGUGGUUUAUUCAUCAUCCACACCAUACGACAGCCAGCAGAGCGUCAUCCACCCAUCAUGAAAGAGUUUCGCCCAGUGUCCACCUUCGUGUGUGUAAUGUAGAUGCCAUGUGAAAAUUGCGUGUUCCGUCUCGUAGCUCGUCACUGCCCCGAUAGACAGACAGACAGACAUUUUCCUUGCCUCUUCAUUGGCACAGACCUCCCCAUCCACCCCCCUCCCCCGGCCCAUCGCGACUAGAGACAGAAAAAGGCAGGUACCAAAGACUUGACGGUCGUCAGGUGUGUGGCGAUGCAAUGCAGCUCGGCCAGUGAGUGGGUGGAUGGAUGAAUGUGUCACAUAUACACAUAUACACAUACAUAUGUACACCACAGUUAAGUCAUUCGUUGCGUAAAGUGUGGUCCCUCUCUCCCCCUCUCCCCGACCAGACCAACGCCCCCCCAGAAAAAAAAAAAGGAAAGAAAAAACCCCGUGUUCGCUUCCCUCCACCGCAUCAAAUCCAUCCUCAUCUAUCGCCCGACGGCACACCGACGGAUGAAUCCAUAGAGAUCUCUGUCAAGUCGCCCUCUAAGCUGCUGGCGGCGUCGGUGUGCGCCACGCCCAUGUCACCGGCCGGCCGGGCGGGGAUGCCGUCGACCUCUGCUGCCCGGGGAAUCUCAGCGAUGGCCUGCUUGCCGCUGAGGGAGUCGAUCUUGGCCUUGCUGGCAGCAGUGGAGUCGGAUGGGCGGCCCUUCAGGUAGGGCGACUCGUCGAUGGACACGCCGCUGGUCUCCAACACAAACAGAAAGACGAACACACACGCGAAGAGACUGCAGCCUGCACACACAGAGGGGUGAGAGCAAAUGUGGGUCCAUCCGUUCCUGUGUGUGGGUCGGUGUAUAUGUGUGGUGAUGUACAUGAGAAGAUGGAGAAGAUGAGUGUGUUGUUGAGCACUUUGGUCAGGAAGACCACCGCAAUACACGCCACCCAGUUGAGUGCCGAUGCACUCCCCACAGCAGGACCCUUGAUCUCCACCGGGUAUAUCUCGUUGAGGUAAACCCACAGCACCGGCCCGUACGCAAUGGCAAAGAACACCACAUAGCCGAAAACCGAGGCCACCGGCAGCCAUAUCAUGACGCCGGCACUAACGGCGCCCGACCCGAUCAGCAGCAGCACGGCGGUCGGGGCGGUGGCGACGAACUGGCCAAUGGUGCCAAUCACCAGGAGUUUCCUCCUCCCCGCCCAGUCGAUGGCUUUGACAGUCACCAGGGUGAGGAUGACGUUCAUGACGCCCAUGCAGGUCGACAGCAGGGUGGCCCGGCCGCCCGUGAAGCCCGCCUGCUCGAAGAUGUGAUUAGACGCUGCGAUGAAGGCGUUGAUGCCGCUCAGCUGCUGAAAGGCAGACAGCACCCAACCCACCAGCAGGGCGUAUCGGUACCAGGGGUCGCGGAAGGCAUCGAAGAGCCCCACUGUCUUCUUCUCGGAUGCUCUGCGCUCCUCCACAUUGCGUUGAAUGUCGUCCAGCUUCGCCUGGGCCGUCUGUGCCUCGGCGUCUGCCUCGCCCGACGUGCAGUACAUUUUCUCGAGGAUGGGCAGGGCCUGGUCGGCCUUUCCCUCCUCAACCAGGAAGUGGGGCGUCUCGAAGGGGAAAACGAAGAGGAAUAUGGUGAGAGAGAUGAUGGAAGGCACGGCGCUGAAGCCGAGCAUGAAGCGCCACCAGAGGGCCUCUCGCGUCGGGAUGGUGUCAGGCGAUGGCCAGUCCUGGGGAUCGUUGCGCUGGACGUUGCCGAGGGCGAUGGCCACCAUGAUGCCCACUGUGAUCAGCAGCUGAUUCAUCACGCUGACACACACAUACACACACAAACAGAGAAGAGUCAGGCAUUGACCACCUCCCUCCCUCCCUCUCUCUCUCCCUCUCCUCCCUCACCCGUAAGCGCCCCUCUUGUCGGCGGGGGUGACCUCAGAUAUGUACAUGGGCACAGCGACGGUCGCCACGCCCACACCGACACCCACAAUGAUGCGGGACAAGAGCAGCGACCAGAAGUCCAGUGAGGCGGCCGACAGCAGAGACCCCACAAUGAAGAGGAGGUGGGCGAUCAUCAGCGUCCGCCUCCGCCCACGGUGCAUCCACCUGCCGCCCAGCAGGCACCCCACAGCUGCGGAAACAAGGAAAGCAGGUUGGAACCAGUGUGUGUGUGUGUGUGCGCUUUCUGACCUGCGCCAACGAAGACCCCCGCGGUGAUGGCACCGUCACGAUUGCGGGCGGCAUCGCACUCUGAACGAGAAGCACGAACACAGCUGUCCAUACAUCACUUCUCACCAGCCAACGAACUCACCAGCUGUGAGUUCGUCUUGGCCGCACCAUUUCAUCAGCAGGACGAUCUGACCAACACAACACACGGGAAGCACAAAUGCGCCACGUGGUGAGGGCUCUCGCCCCUUCCCUCCCGCCGAUCACCUACCAUCUUGAGGCAGGUGUUGAGGACAGCCAGGUUGUAGCCGAACUAUACACAUAGGCACAAGCACACGGUGAAUUGUCCAACAUCCCACGCAUCGGGCGGCAUAGAGGCACACAGACAGACGGAGAGCCGCCAUGCCGCCCCUCUCCCCCUUCUCUCACCUGGAAGGACCCGAGUGUGGCGUUGGUCACAACCUGCAGCAGCCACCACUUGGAGGGGCCCGAGACCUCGCCCUUCAUGGCCGUCAUCAUGAUUUCCUCUUCUCGCGGGAAAGUCUCAC